AUGCGCCUUCAACUGCGGCCGGCGAUGGCUCCAGCCCUAGAUGUGCAAGCCGACGUCAGCAUCCAGGCCGACGACUCUGUCGAUCCGUGGGAAGAGCUGGCUAAAAAGUACUGGUGGGACAGAGACACUGCACCUACCAAGGUCAAACCAGAAGUGAUCAAGGCAGCAAUUUGGGAUCCUCUCGAACAAGGCUCUUUUCCCUUCCACUGCCUCGCAGCUCUUGAAAACUACCAGAUUCUCGAAAGAUUUCUUUGGCCGACCUUCUCGUCAGAGUCUUCCAAUCAUCAUGUCUUGCUGAUCGCGGUCUUCUUCAACGUGAAGCAACGGGCACGUCUCCAUGACUGGUUCUUAUUCGCCGAUCGCCCAGCACAGUUCUCAAGCCUCCUUCGCCGGGUCCUAUCCUUGAACCUCGACUCUUCUCUGUCCAUCUUUCCCCGCUUGUCUCUCCUCCAUUUUGUGCUCGGUGCAUUCCAGUCUCUGGAAAAUGAACAGGUGCGCAAAGAGUGCGCCCCACUUGUGUCGAUUUCAAUAUGGCAUAAUCUACACAAUGAAAAAACAAGAGAAGGACUUCUGGAGGCGACUCCAGCAAGAAAGAAAGCAUGGAGGGCCGCUGCGCGAAGAUAUGAUGCAGCAGAUCCAGAAACUCAAAGCCGUUUGCGGUUCGAUCGAGCAUGGCUGUAUACGAUGCUGAUCGACUUCAUUGCAAGGCUCAACGCGUCGAAGCUGGUUCACUCUCAAGAAAUGGUCUACUUUGAGCGGUUUUUGGAAUUCUUGGUCGACCUGACAAGUCAAUUGCCCACAAGACGGUAUACAAAUCCUCUGUUGAAAGACGUCAACAUCAUCCCCAUAAUUCGAACGUCAAAGGUGUAUCAGAGAGAGGACGCAGUUCUUCUGCGUGACCUAACCGAUCUUCUCGAACAUUUCCAGACCUUUGCGAUAGAUGAACUGGGAGGCGCAGAAGAAAGACGUGACAGCUUGCGCAGGGGACAUUAUCAAGCAUUGGAGAGGCUGCAGCGAGUAGCACUCCAAUAUUUUGGAGACAAAUUGAAGGUUCUGGCACUGUCGAACUUCGGUAGCAUCGACAAAAGAAGCGAGCUAGAGUCUCACUUUUCUGCGUUGACUGAUGCUGAAAUGCAGGAGCUAUGUACGCAGCUUGAGUUUCGAACUAGCUAUCCCCCGGCUGCUGGAAUUACCGCGACCCGCGCAAUUAUGAUGGAGACACUCUUGUCAUCCUUCACCAAGCCUCGAGAUUUCCGUGAGGUUGUCGCCCAGUUAGCAGUUCUGCCGACAGCAAUCUCACUAUAUGACCCAGCGUUGCUGAGGAACGAGCACUACGAUGGCUCCCGGCCGCUUGGACUUCCCAAGUUGAACCUGCAAUACCUCACCAUCAGCGACUUCAUGUGGCGAUCGUUCCAGCUCUAUCAGGCCGAAGCAUUCUAUGGUAUAAGGAAGGACAUGGAAGGCAUUGUGAAGCGAAUGAAGCCCAAAAUAGGCCGAGAUCGGAACAGCACGGUAUUCGAAGGGUUCUCGAAGAUGGCUCUUCCGAUCGCAGAGCCUGCCGUCAUUGAAGUCGGUCCACCGAAAGUUGGUAACCUCAAGCCCAGCUUUGUGAGAGUGGAAGUCAUACUGGACGUCAGUCGCCUCACGGACGUUAUCAGAAGAGAAUGGGACAAUCUUAGACCGCGUGACGUUGUAUUUCUCCUAGCGGUGAAUGCCACCAACGGUUCCCAACUUCUUACCAAUGGUCAUUCUAUCGACCAAGGCAGCGAACAAAGAAUGUUCACCAGUCUCAGAGCGGCCGAAGUCGUCCAUGUCCUGGACGAUGACGGGCGAGCUCUCAGAGGUACGCAAGCAAAUGGAUAUACCUCGAGGCCUAGACGGAGGCGUCUGCUGCUUGACUUGGAUGCAAGUGCCUACGCUGUCGACAUGCAGAAACCAGGCCGGGUCGUGUCAGAACUCGCAUCUCUGAACGUUAUUGCUCGCAGGCAAGGACGAGAAAACAACUUCAAACCUGUUCUGGAGACUAUCCAAGCUCUGGUUUCCUUGGAGACUGUGCUUCCAUCGUGGCUGCAAGAGGUCUACCUAGGCUAUGGUGAUCCACGGGGUGCUUCAUUUCCGUCACUUUCGAAUCACAUCGAAUCCAUAGACUACCUGGAUACAUUUCUUGAUUGGCAGCAUCUCCUAGACAGUUUUCCGGGGAAGACUGUGGAUACUGGCGCUGGUCACUCCACUCCCAUCGAACCACCUUACGUCCUUCAACGCGCGAUGAACACUUCGGCCGAGCCCUCAGCAAACCCGAAGAAGCGACGUCGCGAUCAAAUGGAGCAAGACUCAUCUAUGGUCAAAGUUUCGACCUACAAACCCCGCAAUACUGGACCGUAUCCAAUGGACGCCCCGAGGAAGAACACGAUACGCUUCACGGCGAGGCAGGUAGAAGCUAUUGUAUCUGGAACUCAACCUGGGCUUACUAUUGUCGUUGGACCUCCCGGGACGGGCAAGACCGACGUUGCAACUCAAACCAUCAACUUACUCUACCACAACUUUCCAUCGGAACGCAUCUUGCUUGUUGCUCACAGCAAUCAAGCGCUCAACCAGCUUUUCCAGAAAAUUAUCGCACUUGAUAUCGACCCUCGCCACCUGUUGCGAUUGGGGCAUGGUGAAGAGGAUCUGGACUCGGAGGCGUCCUACGGUAAAUACGGUCGGGUGGAGUCUUUCCUGGAGAACCGCCAAUUCUAUCUGUCUGAAGUCAGCCGUCUUGCGGCUUCAAUUGGCGCUGAAGGAGCACAUGGCGCUUCGUGUGAGACUGCCGACUAUUUCAAUCAAGUCUUCCUCAGACCUGCUUGGCAACGAUUCUGGGAUGUCGCCAAUGCAGAAAAUGCCAAUCUCGAGUCCGUCCUCAGUUCUUUCCCCUUCUACAAAUACUUCAGCAACGCGCCUGUUCCAACGCUGUUCCCUCCGGAUGCUACGACGGAAGAAGCGCGGGAGAUUGCGUCCGGCUGUCAGUAUCAUAUUGAAAAGAUCUUCUCCGAACUGGAGUCGAUCCGACCUUUUGAGAUUCUGCGCGCUGGUCGCGAUCAAGCAAAUCACCUCUUGGUAAAUGAAGCACGAAUCAUUGCCAUGACAUCCACACACGCAGCCAUGAGGAGGUCCGAAAUAGCUGAAUUGGGCUUUCAUUAUGAUACUUUGAUCAUGGAAGAAGCAGCACAGAUCACCGAAAUCGAAACCUUUAUUCCAUGCGUGAUGCAAGACCCGGACCUGAAGACCGGCGAAGUGCCCUUGAAGCGGAUCAUUCUCAUAGGAGAUCAUCUGCAGAAUUCCCCAAUCAUCCAGAACAUGGCUUUGCGCCAGUACGCCAACUUCGAACAAUCCCUUUUUCUACGUCUCGUCCGCCUGGGCGUCCCUACCAUCCACCUCGACCAACAAGGUCGUUGUCGCCCUUCGAUCGCCAGCCUCUUCAAAUGGCGCUACAACAACUUGGGUAACUUGCCCCACCUCGUCUCGCAGCCGGAAUUUUCACGCGCCAACGCGGGUUUUCGCUAUGACUACCAAUUUAUCGAUGUCCCCGACUAUCAAGGAGCUGGCGAACGCGAACCCACACCGCAUUUUAUUCAAAAUCUCGGAGAGGCGGAAUAUGCAGUGGCGUUGUACCAGUACAUGCGCCUCCUUGGAUAUCCGUCGCACAGCAUCUCUAUCCUCGCUACAUAUGCUGGUCAGAGGUCGUUAAUCCGUGACGUGCUAGAACACAGGUGCAAGAACAACUCGCUUUUCGGUAUGCCGAGGAUCGUGACAACUGUCGACAAGUAUCAAGGCGAGCAAAAUGACUACGUCAUCGUGAGCAUGACAAGGACUCGGUCGGUGGGAUAUCUUAGGGACAUCAGGAGAUUAACUGUCGCCUUGUCCCGCGCAAGGCUCGGAUUGUAUAUCCUUGGUCGAAAGGAGCUCUUUGCAAGCUGCUUUGAGAUGAAGCCGGCCAUGGAUAUCUUGUUGCAAAGACCGGAUAAACUCGUUGUGACCACUGGGGAGGUGUUUUCUACAGCUCGCUUGCUCGAGGAAGAAGUGGUAGAUAUAUCGGAGAUGGAAGGCGUGGAGCACCUUGGCCAAUAUGUGUAUGAUAUGACGCAGGCGAAACUUGCGGCUUUGGGCGGACAGGUCAACAUUCAGAUAGAGAAGGACGAGCAAGAUGGCUAUGUGGCUGAGGAGCCGGAGGGUCUCGGCGCAGACGUAGGAGAGGAGGAUCCGUUGCACGAGAUGGAUUAA